GUUUAGACCUCCCAUUAUCUCGUGGUUUUUUUUCCUCCAGUUUCCUUUUAUUCCCCCAAGACCUGUUUUCUUUUCGUCAUACCUGUUCCGUCGUCUCUUCUUCUUCUGACAGACUUGAUAUUGUAUUUCUGUAUUUCUGAGCGAGUUAGGGUCUGUUGUUACCACGGAAGAAAAGAAAGAAAGAAAUCUUGGACAUCAUGAAAGACUCUGAUGCGCCGGCGUUGGUUCUCGCCGGGACAACUACGCCCGAGCAGAUCACCACCACCAAAAAUACAUGGAAUACCAAGAACUUGACAUCACGACUCGGCACUGACUUUCUAUCCGCUGCGAGCGCUGCUUCCAUGGUAGCGCCCAUCAUUGCCAUUAUCGACCGCUCCAUCAUGGAAAACGCAUCUGGCGCAAACACCCUCGCAAACUCCGUAAAAUCCUCCCUCCGAACCCUCUUCACUCGCCCACACACAAUCCUCUUCUCGAAGCCCACAGCCCUCAUCUUCUGCCUCUACGGCGGAACAUAUCUCACCGCCAACGCCGUCGACACUUCAUUCUCCACCGUCAACAACAAGCCCGCCUCGAGCGUCACAGCCGGAACAACGAAAUUCGCUGCUUCUAGCGCCGCAAACAUUGGAGUGUGUAUCUAUAAAGAUCAGGUUUUCGUGCGCAUGUUUGGACCGCCUGGUGUUGUGCCUAGACCUGUUCCUCUUGCUUCAUACACACUUUUUGCGCUGCGCGAUUGCUUGACUAUCUUUGCGUCGUUCAACGUCCCGCCUUUGCUGGGACCGUAUUUGGAUAAGCGAUUUUCCGAGGAGAUGAAGAAGAGAGUUUCUGGGCUUUAUGCAGCGCAGUUCAUGGCUCCCGCUAUGGUGCAAUUCAUUUCUACGCCUAUGCAUUUGUUCGGUCUAGACCUAUACAAUCGUCAAGCGACUGGCCCUGGGGGAGCUGUUGUGACGAUGCGUGAUCGAUUAGAUCUCGUGCGGCGCAAUUGGUUCAUCAGCUCUGUAGCGAGAAUAUGCCGAAUUGUCCCUGCUUUUGGAGUCGGUGGUGUCGUCAACAUGAAGGUUCGCAAGAACCUCAUGACCAAGCUGGAGUAGAUGAACUCGGCCCAGCCUAUCAUCUCACACUGCAAGAGUUUCUCUCUGCAGAUUCUUUGAUUUCCGGCGUUUACAGUUACGAGGCUACGUGACUAUGGUUGCAUUUACUUGUUUGAUCUUGUCAAGAUCCACGGCAUUGGGGGUUAAUGUUACAUCUCAUGGUUUUCAACGAAUGGUGUCAUACAAAAGAGUACAUGAUGACGAUCCAUCACUCAUAAUAGACUUCUAGAACACGAUAGACAGGAUACUAGGUAGCUACGGCAAGAGUCAAGACUGAUACAGCCAAACUCGAUUAAAUGAGAAACGG